AUGGUUGAUGUCCCGCCGGCACUUCUCAAUGAAGGGAUCAAGAGCAGAUCUGUUGGAAAAAGGCGGAAAAUCUUCGAUCAGGUUGUGGAAAACCAGCGAGUCUCUCCCCCGAUCCCCAUCUCUGUGAACCUGGAUGUGGAAACAGCGAGUCCCUGGCUCGAGGUGUCUGAGGAUCUGAAGAGUUUGAGACGGACCCGGACCUGGAGGAGUCUCCCUGACACCGGGAAGAGGUUUACAGACUGGCUCUGUCCCUGUGUCCUGGGAUCAGAGGGAUUCACAUCGGGGAGACAUUACUGGGAGGUGGAGGGGAAUCGGCGCUGGAGACUGGGAGUAGCCGCAGAGUCUGUGGAGAGGAAGGACAGGGUCAGUCUGAGCCCGGAGACUGGAUUCUGGAUCAUUGAGCGGGUUGGGGAUGAAUUUUAUAUAAAAUCCUCUCCUGAAUCCCGUCUCCCUGUCGGUCAGAUCCCCGGGAAGGUGGGAGUUUAUCUCAGUUAUGAGUCUGGGACAGUUUCAUUUUACAGCGCGGACACCAAGUCCCAUCUCCACAGCUUCACUGGGAAUAAAUUCACUGAGAAACUUUAUCCUUUCUUCUGCACUUGGAAUGAAAACCAGAUUCUGAGAAUCUGCUUCGGUUCUGAUUGGAUCCGGAAAAGGGGCGGGGCCUCGGGGGGGGGUCGCAUCACCCCUGACGUCACUACGACGACCCCGUGA